AUGGCCGUCGACAACUCGCUCGAGUCGCUCCUUGCGACUCUCACAACGUCCAUCCAAUCAGCCACUGAAGCCCUUCCCAACGAUGGCAUCUUGCCGCCAAAGGAAGGCAUCUCCUUGCUGGACGUGAAGAAUGAGCUGCUUCUCAGCUACCUCCAAAACCUCGUCUUUCUCAUUCUCAUGAAGCUGAGAUUGCAAAAAGAAGGCCAGAAGGAGGCGCAUCUGCACCCCCACGAUGAAGUGGUCCAGAAGCUAGUCGAGCUGAGGGUCUACCUGGAAAAGGGUGUUCGCCCCCUCGAAAGCCGUCUCAAGUACCAAAUCGACAAGAUUCUAAGGACGGCGGAUGAUGCCACACGCCGCCACACACAGGCUCCGACAAAGCUGGCUUCGAGACCAAAGAACGCCAAGGCAGACACAGGGUCCGAUUCAGAUGUGAGCGAUGCCGAAUCAGCAGGCUCUGCACAGACAGAAGAAGACGAGGAUGAAAUGGCCUACGGUCCCCGGCGUGCCCAGGUCACGCGCCAAAAGACCGAAGCCGCCCAGGAGCGCGCGCGCGAAACUGCAAAGGAUGCCAUCUACCGUCCGCCCAAGAUCACACCCAUGGCCAUGCCGACUCCCGAGGGGCGUGAGGCACGACGAGAGCGCCGCCCCGGAAAAUCGGCUACCCUGGAUGAAUUCAUUGCUACCGAGCUUUCGACGGCUCCGAUUGCUGAGCCCAGCAUCGGCUCCACCAUUACACAAGGCGGCCGCCACACCAAAUCGGAGCGUGAGCGCCGUGAAGAAAAUGAGCGGCGUGAAUACGAAGAAGCAAACUUUACCCGCUUGGCCCCUCUCAGCAAGAAAGAGGCUGCCAAGAAGAAGGCACGACAGCAACGCGAUGGAGGCUUCGGAGGCGAGGAAUGGAGGAGCUUGGGCGCGGGCAUUGACCGUAUUGAGCGGCUUACGCAGAAGAAGGGCGGCAACCUGGGAAGUUUGGAGAAGAGCAGAAAGAGGCCUGUGGGCGAUGGCCCAAGGGGCUCUGGAUCCGCUGCUGGAGAUGCAUUUGAGAAGCGGAGGAAAAUCGUUGGGAGAUACAAGUAA